CGCCGUCACGUGACACGUCGUGAUCAUCAUGGCGGCCACCUCUGUUUUCCAGAGAGUGAGGACGGGCUCGAAAAUAGGAGCUCAGUAUGAUCAAGAUGGAAAUCUCAUCAAGGUGGAGACACGUGAGGAUGAGGAGCAGAGCAUCAAGCUUGCGGAGAUUUUGGAGUUGUUGCUAGCGGCUGGUUAUUUCAGAGCACGCAUUAAAGGACUAUCACCAUUUGACAAGGUGGUCGGAGGAAUGACCUGGUGCAUAACGACGUGCAACUUUGAUAUAGACGUUGAUCUGCUCUUCCAGGAAAAUUCCACCAUUGGACAGAAAAUUGCUUUGACGGAGAAGAUUGUGUCGGUUCUGCCCAAAAUGAAAUGUCCUCACAGGCUGGAGCCUCAUCAGAUCCAAGGGUUGGAUUUCAUCCACAUCUUCCCUGUUGUACAGUGGUUGGUAAAAAAGGCAAUUGAAACCCGGGAAGAGAUGGGGGAUUAUGUCAGAUCAUAUUCCAUCUCUCAGUUCCAGAAAACGCACGCGUUCCCUGAGGAUGAUGAGUUUGCAGUGAGGAAGGAAAAAGCCAUCAGCACUUUGGUGAAUGUGUGUGGGGUGUAUGCUCCUCAGAGGCGAUAUAAACGUCAGGUGGACGCAGGUGAGCUAUUGGAUGAGGAGUCUCGGGUUCACUCCACCUUGCUAGAGUUUGGCAGGCGCUAUGGAUUCAGCAAACAGGUUAAAGCAGGCACAGCAACGGAGCAGAAGCAGGUGUCGGCUCAGGGCACACAGGCUGUGCCUCCUGGAAUGACCCAAGUAUCUGAAGAAGAGGACAUGCAGGCAGCAGAGGAGCUCAGAAUUAAAGCCUUGAUGACUGGAAUGGCUGCCAUGGCAACAGAGGAGGGGAAGCUGUCGGCUAGUACAGUUGGGCAGAUUGUUGGCCUACAAUCCGAAGAGAUCAAGCAAAUUGUCACAGAAUAUGCUGAAAAGGCCGAGCGUUCAGCCGAGGAUCGACCCGAGAGAUUUGGACCCGCACAGCAACACCGCCGUCAGCUGGCAUCACUCAAUAAACAAAUCGCACAAAAAAACAAAGAACUGAAAGGGCUGCAGGUCAAGCAGCAGGAGAUCAGAGCAGCAUGUGAGGAUGCUAAACUCAAACUAGCAGAGGCCACCACAUGCACUGAAAAGCUGGAGAAAGAGCUAAGCUCUCUGGAGGAUGUGGAAUGCCAGGCGGAUUCUGGGGUGCUGGAGAAACUUCGUACUCUAGUGGCCAUGAAUGAAAACCUGAAACACCAAGAGCAAACAUUCCGUGCUCACUGUCGCGAGGAAAUGACCCGUCUGCAGCUGAGCAUUGAGGAGCUGAAGAUGGAGUCUGGAGAUGAAGGCGACGACAAAAAGGAGAUGAAUCUGUUGAUUGAUCAGCAGUCUGCAGACAGAGAAAAGCUGCAGAAGAUUCGUCUGCUCAUGGCUCGGAGGAACCGUGAGAUCGCCAUCCUGCAGAGAAAGAUUGAUGAGGUUCCUAGCAGAGCGGAGCUGACGCAGUAUCAGAAGCGCUUCAUUGAACUGUAUAGCCAAGUUUCUGCAACACAUAAGGAGACAAAACAGUUCUUUACGCUGUACAACACACUAGAUGACAAAAAAGUUUACCUGGAGAAAGAGGUCAAUCUACUGAACUCCAUACACGAUCAUUUUCACCAGGCCAUGGCUUCUUCAGGAGGUAAAGAGCAGUUUCUUAGACAGAUGGAGCAAAUUGUGGAAGGAAUCAAACAGAGCCGUAUGAAGAUGGAAAAGAAACGGCAGGAGAAUAAGAUGCGCAGAGAUCAGCUGAAUGAUGAUUAUCUGGAACUGCUGGACAAGCAGAGACUCUACUUUAAAACCGUCAAAGACUUUAAAGAGGAGUGCCGCAAGAACGAGAUGCUCUUAUCUAAACUGAGAGCAAAGGGAGCUUCAUAACAGCUGGAAACAACCAAUAACAAUACACAAAGUGGCACUUCAAACAAAUCACAUUCCUUCAUAUUUGUUUCAUUGUUUUAAUGCAGACUGAUGCUGAGAUAAGAGCUGUUCUCAUAUUGAUAAAGCACACAUACAUUGGGUGUGUAAGCCUGGGCAGGUUCAUGUCAGAAGUGAAACAUGUUAGUACUGUUAAACCUUU